AUUUGAAGCAUGUCGCCUUAGACUUUCGCUUACAUUUCUGAAACUCCGUUUGUGGUAUUGUUGAAUUUUCAGACCUCUUUCCCUUGUUUAGAAAAGAUGCCUGGAAGUGUUUGAACGUGCGGCUCAGGUUAAUGCUUUGGAUGCUGCGCAAUAUAUCCUUUGGGCAUCAAUCUGUUCAGACAAUUGCAGCGCUAAUGCCGUUCUCAAACAAGCGAUCGACAAAUACCCACAUUCAUGUGAGAUUUGGACUCGUUACUUGAGCGGUUUGAUCUCGUCGGAUUGUCCUGAAGACGAUUCUGGUAUUUUGUACGAAUGCCCCGUUUCAACGUUUGUCAGGUGUUUCUAUCUGGAAUGGAUUUUUAUAACGCGCGGAAUGCAAAAAUUGCGCCAAGUAUAUCAAAGGUUGGCAUCUAUGAAACCAAAUGCCCUGGAAUUUUACAUGAAAUAUCUUGAUCUUUUGGAGUCACAGUUCUCUGAAACCGGAAGUGAUAUUCGAAAGUGCUACGAAGAUCUGUUAAGUGAACAUGGUGCCAACAACGUAGAUGUUUGGGUUAAGUGUAUCAGGUUCGAAAGCGAGCACGCUGAAGGUGAUUUGUCCCGCGUACCACUCAUUCACAAACGGGCGCUGAAGUAUUUGAACCCUCAUCUGGUUCAAGACUUUGUCCAAAAGAUUACCCUCUACGGGGUCGGAAAGUUGGACGUUGUUAAAUAA